ACAUAAACCUAACUGACGAUUAGAACUUACAGGAAUGGGGAGCCUGACGGCUGAGAACCAUUCAAACUCUAAAAACCCUAAAAUCAAGCAAAAACGUCUUGGCCCGAAGAGAGCCAAGACCAAGCUCAAGUCCAAGAAGAAGAAGAGGGACAAGAACGAGGCUGAGCUUAUACAAAAUAUACAAAGCAGCCAUGAAAACAACGAAGAGGCCUACCCCGCCUCAGCUGCAAAGCGGCAGCUUUGUUUCUUCCUCGAUCAGUUUCAGUCUGCGAAUGGGGUGCAACUUUCUUCUCUCGAGUUGGAAUCCAUCAAAGAUACGUCCAUUGUGGAGCUAUCUCAAGAUGCGACCCAAGAUGUUCAGAACUUGGGGAAACAUAUGAAGGCAGCGUUCGGGUUAUCGUGGAAAGAAGCGCUUUGUGGAAAACAGGAAGGGAAAGUUGAUCCUGGCUGUCCGGCACUUCUCAUCGUUAGUUCAUCUGCGUUGAGAUCGAUAGAACUCCUAAGGGGCUUUCGGUCCUUGACUAAAGAUUGCCAUGCCGUAAAGCUGUUCUCGAAGCACAUGAAGGUUGAGGAACAGGUAUCAUUGUUAAAGAAUCGUGUUAAUAUUGCUUGUGGUACACCGAGCAGAAUAAAGAAGCUAAUUGACAUUGAGGCGCUGAGCCUCUCACGGUUAGCAGUGAUUAUGCUCGAUUUACAUCCAGAUGUUAAGGGCUAUUCCCUUUUUACACUUCCACAAGUCAGGGAUGAAUUCUGGGACUUGUACAAGUGCUAUUUUCACCCACGACUGCUCCAAGGUAAUCUGCGUAUUUGUCUUUAUGGUCCAUUACAAAGUGUGACCGAACUUAAGGGGAGGAAAAGAGGGAGUUUCUGAGGGUUAACUGACACAUUAGGUACAAAUUUUGAGCCAAAUGUAUUUACGCGCGUAUCAUUUUUAGCUGUCUUUAGCCAGAACGCACGUCUCUCCUUUCAAUAUUUGUGUUGUAUUUUUUUUCAAGUGAUAAAAGCCUAGUCUUGGUGGUAUGCUUGUUCCAAGGUGUAAGGUUCGAAUCCUCUAUGGAAACAAUCUUUAGGAGCCAUUGGAUUGAGAGAUUUUUCUUUUGAAUUA